AUGGAUACCCUCAAAAUUGUAAGAGCUGUGAUCGCGAAAACACUGAAGGGAAGAGCGACAAAAAUAGCAGCAACACGAGGCGUAGCGGACACGACAGCGAACGCUGAGCAUCUCUGGGACACAGAUGCUUCAAGAAGCUUCCCGGUUGGAGGCUCCGUGGAUAGCUCGCAAGCUACUGGCAGCAACAGCAACUCGGCACCAGUAUUGCACGACCUAGUCGACAAGUAUAUUCUUCGCCUUCCGUGCUCGGACAGUCUACUUCCAAACCAGAUAACCAAUGAAGUUGCAUUUAAGCGAUUCGUUGCCUCAACGAUCUCUCACAUUCCAGUUUCCCAAGUCUACUCCUUCAAUGCAACAGACUCACCGGAAACAUCCUACAUCGUCGAGGAAUUCAUUGACGGCAAAGCCCUCAGCUCUCUAUGGAUGACCUUCACAACCACCCAAAAAGAAACCAUUGCCCGCAGCCUCGCCACCAUAGUUGUCGACCUCACAGAAGUCCGAUUCUCCAAGAUCGGUGGCCUGGAUCAUGUGAGGUUUGUCUCUGCGCCACCAGUCGAAGGCUCUAAACUGUUCAAAGGUCGUGGGAAGUUCCAUAAGAAUGAAUGCUAUCCUAUCGGUCCAUAUUCUUCCACCAAGGAGUACAUGCUGGCUUGUUAUGACAAGGAGAUUUUCUACUAUAGCAACGCUGACAGAGACGACAUUGAUGAGAGUCUCUUUGAGGAUAUUUCAGUUGCAGACUUCGUUGCACAGUUACAAGAGAGACGAGCAGCUCUCGCAGAGAAAUCUAUUGCGGAUGAGCCGUUCGUGCUUAUCCACGGUGACUUACAUGGUCGGAAUAUACUGAUGAAAGGUGACCAGAUAGCCUCUGUUUUGGAUUGGGACUUCGCGGGAUCGUAUCCUCUGAGUGAGACGUUGUCUGAUGGUGGGAUAGAUGUAGUGGAUGCUAAUAGCGAAGAACUCGAGGAAGAGAAUUGCUUCUGGGAUCGCAAGAUUAGGGAGUAUAUUCGGGAGCUGGUGGAGGGAAGGGCAUGGAGCGAGGGAGAUACAGCAUUGCUUCUGGGAGGUGGGGAUCCGGCAUUGGGGAGAGGCAAGGAUGGAAUUAAUUUCCUUAGUCGGAAAGGCGUCCCAGCCACGCAGAGUGUAAUGAGGUUUUGCCAGUCCGUCUUGUAA